AUGGCAGGGUUGCCAAGGAUGGAUGCAGAGCCCUCCCCGUUGGGCAACUGGCUGGACAAUGGCUCUUGGACACCAGUGCCCACUGCUGCCCCCCACAUGGACAUGAGCACGCCAGCGGGCCCUGGCAGGAGGGGGCUGUGGAUCUUUAAUAGCAGUGGGGAGGACACGUCACCCCCGUUCCUGACGGAUGCUUGGCUGGUGCCGCUUUUCUAUGCCCUCGUCAUGCUGCUGGGGCUGGUGGGCAACUCACUCGUCAUCUACGUGGUGUCCAAGCACCGGCAGAUGCGCACAGCCACCAACUUCUACAUCGCAAACCUGGCAACCACAGACAUCAUCUUCCUGGUGUGCUGUGUCCCCUUCACCGCCACGCUCUACCCCCUGCCCAGCUGGAUCUUCGGUGACUUCAUGUGCAAACUCGUCAACUACCUGCAACAGGUGACAGCGCAGGCCACCUGCAUCACCCUGACGGCGAUGAGCAUGGACCGCUGCUACGCCACCCUCUACCCGCUGCAGUCGCUGCGCUACCGCACCCCACGCGUGGCCAUGGGCGUCAGCGUGGCCAUCUGGAUCAGCUCCUUCCUUCUGUCGCUGCCCAUAGCCAUGUACCACCGCACUGAGGUGGGCUACUGGUAUGGGCUGCGCACCUACUGCAUCGAGGCCUUCGCCAGCAAGAUCCAGGAGCGCAGCAUCAUCCUCUACACCUUCCUGGCUGUCUACCUGCUGCCUCUGCUCACCAUCUGCCUCUGCUACUCUGUCAUGCUCAAGCGUGUGGGGCGCCCCAUCGUGGAGCCCAUUGACCACAACUACCAGCAGGUACAGCACCUGUCCGAGCACUCUGUCGCCAUGAGGGCCAAGGUGUCCAAGAUGGUGGUGGUGAUCGUGGUACUCUUCACUGUGUGCUGGGGCCCCAUCCAGCUCUACCUCCUCUUCCAGGGCUUCUAUGGCAGCUUCCAGGCCAACUACGAGACCUACAAGAUCAAGACGUGGGCCAACUGCAUGUCCUACGCCAACUCCUCCAUCAACCCCAUCGUCUACGCAUUCAUGGGUGACAGCUUCAGGAAGUCCUUCAAGAAGGCUUUCCCCUUCCUCUUCCAGCGCCGGGUGCGGGACGGCGCCGUCCUCUCCGGCUCCCGCAAUGCCGAGAUGAAGUUCGUCACUGAGGAGACCUAG